GGAGCAUGAGCCAUUCCGCUAAUAAUGCGGCUGCCUCUGAAGACAUGAGAUAUAUCGACAUUACAAUUACCCUUAUUUAAUGAUACUCCUACUUUGUUGAGUUGCGAGGUCCAAAAUCCAUCUUUGUUGCUUUACUUCUAUAUCCCGAUCUUCUCACCAUGGCCACAUCAACCGGCGGUGGAUGGGCCCAGUUACGCCAGCAAGCCCGGUCCCUUGAGACUCAGACUGAGUCUCUUUUCCACACAUAUUCACAAUAUGCAUCAAUGUCACAAUUGCCUCCGAAACCCUCGGAGGAAGAGCAACGGGUAGAGGGUCAGAUUCAGAGUCUCCUCGAGAAGCGCGAAUCUUUAAUCGGCCAACUAACCCGCUUACUCGACUCCGAAGCCACUCUCACAUCUUCCGCCCUCAAACAAAACAACCUGGCCCGCCAUCGCGAGGUAUUAUCCGAGCACCGCCGAGAACUAAAUCGCCUUUCAUCAAGUAUCUCCGAAGCCCGUGACCGUGCAAACCUUCUCUCGAACGUACGUUCCGAUAUAGACGCUUACCGAUCCUCCAAUCCGCAUGCAGCAGAGGCCGAGUACAUGCUUGAAGAGCGUGGGCGCAUCGACAAUAGUCACAAUAUGAUGGACAGAGUUUUAUCGCAAGCUUAUGCAGUUAAUGAAAGCUUCGGCUUACAACGGGAAACUCUAGCCAGUAUUAAUCGUCGUAUUGUCGGUGCCGCAGGACAGAUUCCUGGAGUCAAUUCCUUGAUCGGCAAAAUCGGUGCAAAACGGAGACGUGACGGUAUUAUUCUUGGCUGUUUUAUCGGGUUUUGCUUUUUGAUGUUGUUGUUUUUCAGAUAAGAAAAACGUCUGGACGUGUCUCUUGAGCUGGCUCUGGAGCUUGUGUGAUGUUUCUUGUUUUCGACGUCUUUAUAUAUUACUGUUUGGAAAGACAUAUAAUCGUUUGCAUGGUUCGGCGUUGACGGGUUUUUAAUAUUAUUUAUGUCAAGCGGACCUCUUGUUUCCGGAUCACUGUUUGAGUAAUAUGUCUAUUGUACAUAAAUGUUAUAAUUACACAUUUCAGCGCUCCAUCACGAUGCACUACCAGGGUGAACAUAGCGAGGUUAUCUUUCCUUGUAAUUCCUAUGUCUCCUUGGGUGUCGUAACUAUCCUUCGUUUCAAGGACGACGUCGCAGAUGCACCACUAAUAUCGUCCAACCGCUUUUUCUUCUCCUCAACCAACCUCAAAAGCCCUGCAUUCAAGUAGUCCUUCUCUGACUGAUCUGCAGACCCGCUGCCGGCCCAACGGAUAUGACCGUAAUCAUCCACAAGAUAUACAUAUCCGACUUUGCUAUUGAGCAUUCCAAUCGCUUGCUUAAUCGCGUCCGUCAUGCCUUUCUGCACGAGAAAGUACCGCUCAUGCUGCUCUCUCGGCAAUUUUCGUCGUAGGUUGCCCAUGAAUACCCGGACUAGCCAAGCUUUCAGUCUAUUCUCUUCCAAAUUGAUAUCGACAAGUUGGGUUGUAGACGGGCUGGCAGCGAGCAUUUCAUGCAGUUGCGGAUUGUUUUCAAGUUUUGUGAAAGUCGCUACUUGUUGCUCUGCCCACAGACUUGAGAAUAGGUUCACCACCGAGAUCUUUCCUUUUAUUAUAUCUGUUGUAUCUUUCGGUUUGGAUGGCGAUGCUAGCGUGAUUCCGUAAAGGUUCGGAAAGAAUAAGGCUUUGUCAUGUUUGAAUAACCGAGGAUUCGACCUGAAUGUCUUUCCUUCGUUGUAUUUCAGGUUUGUCCAUUCUCUGAAGUAGG